AUGGCCAUUUCCAUCACAUGUGGUGCACUACUUGGUGCUGGGGCCGUAUAUCUGUCCUACUUAUACUUGUCCCUCACCAGUCGUAAUCCGGAUGAGAGCUCCCUGGAGCAAGACCAUCCCUUGCUGAAAGAUCACUUGUCCAUCCGCUCAUACACGACCAAAUAUGCGACCUAUCGUUCUAUCAGAACAUUCUAUCAUGCACAUGUGCACGCAGAGAAGCUUCAGGCAAUUGCAGAUCUACCCCUUCUUGUCUUCAUCCACGGGUUAGGAGGUUCACUGCCUCAAUUUGCGCCUUUGCUCGGGAGUUUGGCAAAUGUUGCGCCAUGCUUUGCCAUUGAGCUGCCCGGUCAUGGCCAUUCGGAAUUCUCGCCAAAGGAAUACGAGGCUUAUACAAUUGAAGCCUUUACUGAGUUGUGGAAAAACGCAAUUCAGGACAUAUGCCGAGAACAUGAGCAUCAGAGGGUGGUCUUUGUGGCCCACAGCUUAGGUUGCUCAAUUGCAGCGAUGCUGUCGACAACCGAAUCGUUCACAAUUCCAAUAGCAGGUAUAGUCGACCUCUGCCCCAAAGCGACUCCUCCUUCGAAAUCCGAAACAGUGAAUGCGAGGAGGUUGUUGUCCCUGCCAGAUGCAGUACUCGAUUUGCUCCGUAUCAUGGACCGACGAGGUGGCAUUGAUUCUCGCAGUGUCAAAAGAAUGGCAGGAGAUGCGGCAGGAAUAGACCUGAGACGAGCGCAACUCAAUUACAACAAGGGCUUCAAAACUCCGGUGUGGAAACGCUCAACCAUAGGGUGUUUACCUCGAUAUAGUGCUUCUGGCGAGGCUGAAGGUGGACUGCCAGGAAAAGACACCUGGGAGAAAAUACAGGUGCCACUAUUCCUGGUCGCCGGUGAGGCAGACACUGUCACCAAGCCGAAGGAAGUCGAGAAGAUCAUUGCAUUCUUACAGAGUCGCAGUGUCGGUGACCACACAACUCUCAUUGCCAACGAAGGACCUAUCCCGUCCUCGGAUGAAUCAUCAUCACUCACACAGCCAGAGUCAUCCGCAAAUGAGCCACGAGCGGACGAUCGCCAAUUUGGAGUCACUCCAUCGACGCGUGAGAUGUCCACCCAUAAUUCAAACAUCAUAAAAACCGCGAUUCUCCCUUCACCAGCCGCUCACGCGCUGAUGUACGACCACUCUACAUACCGGACCGUUGCCGGUCUCAUCGAAGACUUUCUCGCCCGCUACGUCUCGCCACAACUGAGCCUCGGCUGGCAACUCCAACAAUUGACCACGACGGGCAAAUGGGACGUGAAGAACCUCGAAAAAUGGAAGCGAGUCACUCCCGUCUCGGAGCUCAUCGGCACCGGCGGCAUCUUCCGCGCACUGAAGACGCUACGCGAACAGGACGAAGAGCACUCGCCUGGCGAGUUCCUCCAAAAAUGGAGCGACAAAAUCUACGCCGUCAUCGACAUCUCACACGACAGCCCCGUCUACGACACCAAAGCACUGGAGCGCGGCGGCGUCCAGUACCACAAGUUCCCCACCGUCUCCAAAGUCCCACCGACGCCCGUCGAGGUGCAGGAUUUCAUCGCCCUCGUGGACCGGCUGAGGAUUGAGGAGGGUCACGACGGCAAAGCCAUCGGCGUGCACUGCCACUAUGGAUACAAUCGGACAGGGUUCUUCAUCGCUUGUUAUCUGAUCGAGAAGCUAGGGUAUCGACCUCAGGACGCCGUGGAUGAAUUUGCGCGCGCAAAACCCCCGGGCAUUCGGCAUGAUCAUUUCAUAGAUACUUUGUUCAUGCGCUAUCAUGUAGGUUUGAAGAAGGCGCCUACUAUGAAUGGCGCUACAUAA